AUGAGUGAGGGCCCGGUGCAGCGCAGGAGGGGGAGAAGAGAAGCUCUACUGUACAUACUGGGAUUAUCGCUGGUGUUAUACUGCAGCGUUCAGCUCAUCUUCAGCAUCGCUGACUCUUAUCCGGAGGAGCAAAUGUCCAGAGUACGACGAGCUGUGGAGAACGGGAGUCGGUGUGUUCCUCCGCAGUCGUCUGAAUUCCCAGACGGAUUUUUUACAGAACAGGAACAGAAGGACGGAGGGAUCGUUAUUUAUUUUAUUAUUAUUUUCUACAUGCUGCUGGCCGUCUCGGUCGUGUGUCAUGAUUAUUUCUUACCAUCUCUCGAAGUCAUCAGCGACCGGCUGGAUCUCUCUCAGGAUGUUGCCGGUGCCACUUUCAUGGCAGCAGGAAGCUCCGCACCUGAACUUGUCACCGCAUUUCUGGGUGUGUUUGUAACGAAGGGUGAUAUCGGUGUGAGUACCAUCGUGGGCUCGGCGGUUUAUAACCUGCUGGGUAUCUGUGCUGCGUGUGGACUCUUAAGUUCAGCGGUGAGUCGGUUGAGUUGUUGGCCGUUAUUUAGAGAUUGUGUAGCGUACGCCAUCAGUGUAGCCGCUGUGAUCGCCAUCAUCUCUGAUAACCGAGUUUACUGGUACGACGCCGUGUGUCUGUUGCUGGUGUACGGCGUGUACAUCGCGGUCCUGUGCUUUGAUCUGAGGAUCAGUGAGUACAUGAUGAGGAGGUUCAGUCCCUGCUGUACGUGUUUGGGGAAGGGUGAGGAGGAACGAUCUGAACGCCGGCUGCUUUACGACUGGGGCGACGGUGACCAACAGACGAGUCUCCGAGCGUCCCGACGCUCCCGUACAGACAGUGGUAUCUUCCAGGAUGACUCCGCCUACUCCAACCUGUCUCUCAGCCUGCAUGGACUGAAUGACCUGCACGAAGAAUCGAGGAGUGUGUUCAGAAUGCCGGAGAACGAUCUGAAGAGGAUAUUUUGGGUGUUGUCUCUGCCUGUGAUCGUGCUGCUGUACCUGACCGUACCCGACUGUAGGAAGCGUUUCUGGAAGAGGUUCUACAUGAUAACGUUCGCCAUGGCGGCUGUCUGGAUCGCCGCCUUCACCUACGUGCUGGUGUGGAUGGUCACCGUCGUAGGGGAGACGUUGGGGAUCCCAGAUACCGUGAUGGGACUCACACUGCUGGCAGCAGGAACCAGCAUCCCAGACACGAUCGCCAGUGUGAUGGUGGCGCGAGAGGGUAAAGGAGACAUGGCCAUGUCCAACAUCGUGGGUUCGAACGUCUUCGACAUGCUGUGUUUGGGCUUGCCCUGGUUCAUAAAGACCGCCUUCGUGGACACGUCGUCGCCGGUGAUGGUGAACAGCGCCGGCCUGGUCUUCACCACCUCCUCGCUUCUCCUGUCCAUCCUCAUCCUCUUCGUGGCCACUCACGUCAACGGCUGGAAGCUGGACAGGAAGCUGGGCGCGGCGUGCCUCCUGUUCUACGUCCUGUUCGCCACCAUGUCCAUCCUGUACGAGCUCGGGAUCGUGGGGAACGGUCCCGUCCGCGGGUGCGGCGCCGACUGACCUCGGAUCGACGACUUACGAACCUCAAAAACUGUAAUAUCGCCACAGGACAGCUGACCUCACGUUGGACUUACAAAGACUGACCUCAGUUCAGUUCAUACACUAUACGGCCAAAAGUAUUCG